AUGACCUCAACGGCUGCGCCGAAGAACAAGCCCGAGUACGUGGAGCGCGUCGCAGAGCGCUGCGCAGUGCCUGUGGCGGAUUUGGUUCGUCGCGAUGUUCCCCGGCUAAAGGAGAUAUGGACAGCGUUGAAGCCGCGCAAGGCACCAGCUCUUCUCCCCAACGGCUGGAAGAAGGCAAAGCUGGACACUCUUAUACCUCGAGAUGGUGGCUCCGUCCUUGGGCCGCUCAGCUCAGGAUCAGCGCUGGAAGGGCUGGCGUCGAUGACGAAGGAAGAGUUCUACGGUUGCCUGAGGUUCCCAGCUUGUCGGGAGACAUUGAGCAAGACGUAUGGAGGACAACCAGCUGCAGUGAUGCAACAGGCUUUGCGCCAGAGCGAAGCUGCAAAGGUGAAAAGCCAGACCGGCUAUGCAGACCCCAGCAUGAUUCCCAAGACUCCAGGGCAAGCAGCCACAGCUCCCAAGGCAAUGGUGAAGCGCUGUGGGCCUCCUCUUCAGCGACAGCUCAGAUCGUUCAUGGGAGCCUGUGCCGAAUCAGUUAGAAGACGACUUGGCUUUGCAGGAAGAACCUCGGAUCAACAUGAAUGUGAGCAAGGAGGAAAUGGAGGCCAUUCUCGCUCAGCGGAAAGGAAAGGAGCCACGGGAGAAGUAGGCGAUGAAGAUGCACUGGGAGCCGAAAUUUCCCUCCGCUUCUCUAGGUCGGAGUUCCUAUUGUCAGUGCAAAUUGCAUUGGACUGUGUAUUGGUUGCACGGCAAGGUGGAAAUCAGCAGAAGGUGCUGAAUGAGUUGUCCUUAGAUGGGAUAUCUCCACUGCAGAUCGCUGCCAAACAUGCCAGGUUGGACUUGUUGCGAAUGCUCUUGGAGGCCAACGCUGACAUUGACGUCCGCGACUCCACGCAGUGGACCGCGCUGCACUACGCAGCUCGAACCGAGGCUUGGCCACAUUGCAGCAGCUGCGUGAAGCAACUCUUGGAGCGCAGAGCAGAUGCCUAUGCUGCGACCGAGCUCGGGAGCACUCCACUGGAUUUGGCACGAAAGACGGGUUGCAAGAGCUGCGUCCGGAUGCUGGAAGCCCACGCUGUACUAUGGCAGGGCUCAGUGGAUCUGGAGCAGAAGCUGUUGAUGAUUCCCACCUGGAGCUGCAAACAGCUGGUGGUCUUGCGUGAUAGGCGGCACAACACUGGCCCUAGCCUUUUCGCUCGGGGUGACUUCCACAACUUGAUGAAGAAGGCUCAACACUUAGUGCGGGAGCACCUGGCCACCCCGUCGAUCUCACAUCGCUGUCCGAACUGUGGCAAAUCCAACCCGGUGCCAGACUUUGUCCAAGAGUUUCGAUGUAACCAUUGCUCUGCCCCACUGCUGGUGCCAACUUCAAUGCAACUGGCGCUCUACGAUGUGGCAAACGGAGACACUGCUGCGACGCCUGCAUUUGUCCUUCAAAUCCCUACAGAGGGUGUGCAUGUGAUGGACACUCCAGAUGCAGGUGGUUGGUUCCGGAAGGUUUUGCCUGGCUCUGACCGGCAGUACGGCCUUUCGCUGUGCGCUCAGGAGAAUGGACGGGAGACCAAUCUGGUGUUGAGGUUUUCUACGGUGGACGAGCGUGAGGAAGUUCGGCGAUUGUUGCAAAUCCCACUGCUGAGGGGCAGGGGCUUGGCUCUAGCUGCAGAGUAUGCGUCCUUGCUGAGCUCGCCCCCUGCUAUCAUUGAGGAGGAGCUUCCUAUGCCUUCCGCGCCGCCAGCAGACUUUCCAGAAGCAGCUCCGACCCCACCGGUGGAACCGGUGGACCAAGCUCAUCGGUCCCCACCGGCUCAGCAGGCUGAUCAGCAAGCUUCACCGGAUGAUGGUCUUUGUGUGGUUUGCCUGGAGCACCCCGCUGACACGGCUGUGGUUCCCUGUGGACAUUUAUGUGCGUGCCAUCGCUGUAUGGGACAAGUCAUGGCAGCAGAGCGACUUUGCCCAAUGUGUCGCGUUGAAGCAUCUUCCACUAUGCGAAUUUAUCGCCCUUGA